AUGUUCGAAACGUCUGCUGUGAAGAGGCACACGUACUGUGCUAUGGAUCGGCCAGAUAGGCAAAUCAUUUGCUUUGUGGAGGAGUUCCCAGCCUGUGAUCGAAGCUUAGCCAAAUUUUCGACCAUCACCUUCCCGUUAGAAGGUUGCAACAGCCCAGUAGUCUACAUGACAAUAGCCCCGACGCAACAACAGGAGACAUUUGAUGUUAUCGUUAUUCAUAGAGAUGGUCGAAUACGUAGACUAUCUUCUGAUCUUAAAACUGAAAGAUGGAGCAUCCUGCCUGAUCCAAUCAAGCUAUCUGGAGAAUUUGAGGUUCACGCGGGCUUCGCCGUCGGAUUUGAUGAAGCUGAAAAGACGCUCUUUCAGAAAAGGCAAGAUCUUACUGCCUUAAUAUUGGGUGACCGCCACGGAUUUCGCUCGGACACUUCCACUAUUUUAAUGCUUGUCAUGCAUCCUCGCCAAGUAAAAACCAUCUUACCAAGCGAAGCGUCGAUUCAUAUCUUUUCGAUUCCUUCGAUUAAUUCUGCAGACGGCUUUGCAGUCAUCGGUCAGCAACACCUGAGACAUGUAAUGACGGUGAAGUUGCCAGAUUUACAGGGACAAAUUCCUUUAACCGCUAGAAACAUUACCUGGAGUGCAAAUUUGAGCCAGUCAGAACUUUCUUUAUCAUUCGAUCGGGGUUAUGUAAGUUAUAACAUCUCGCAUUAUUCUCCCGAGAUUGAUAGCCAUAUGAUUAUGGACAAUGCUGCUUUUUCAUCCAUUAUCCGAGUGUCUCCUCGGACAAUCAUGGGCGCCAGUCACUCAAUGGUUUCGAUAUAUGAUUCAAAAUAUCAAUCACUCCAGGCCGAUUUUUCUCUUCGGGACAUUCCACAAGUUACAUCUUUACGUCAGGGCGAGGCCGCCUCAUCUAUGCAAUUCGUAACUCAUUUUUCAAAGCUCGGUGCUGUGAUAGCUUUGUAUGGAAACAGUCUUCUGACCUUUGAUCUGUUAACGGUGCAGAGCUGGGGUGGACGCUCUAGGAAACGACAGAGGACUGGCUUGCUUAUCGAUUCAAUCGGAAAAGGGUUCCACCUCGAUGAUAAUGAGAGUAAACGACCCGUGCUGGAUGAAAGCUCGCUCCAAUUCAUGAAACCAGUUGGACUUACACAGAAAGAUAUUGCUAGUAAAUGGGCCGACUUAAAAUCGGAGCUGGAAUCGGCAGCAGAAGCAAACGACACCACCCAGUUCGAUAAACUUAUGAAAUCGAAAUUUUGGAAAUCCUUGAAACAGGGAGUAGAGGAGAAGCCGAAGGGUUUUCCUCCAGCACGAGAGUAUAUCGACCUUGAAAGAAUCGAAUUCUUACUCUCUAAAAUCUUUGCAUUUCGUACUGCCGACGACGCAGAGCCCCAUAAACUUAUGGUUCACUUUCUACCUUACGAAACUCUACAAUGGCUAGUCAAUUCACGGCAUUUGACUCUAAGUAACCUGAGAGCAGCUCUCCGCAACUCCACUCCCAACCGCAUUCCCCAUGCUAUUCCCGAUGGGUCUUUAGUUGAGGCCCUGGCGCAUGUAGGACGGUCAAUCAAACUACUACUGCUCGUAUUACGCAGCUCCAUGCAGUUGAAUUCCAUGGAACUAGCCCAUUCUUUGAAGAUACUUCUGGACACUGCGCGCUCCCAUUCAACUAACCAUACUGACCCGCCCAAGGCACUUACGGAUUCUCCCCAAAAACGUACUCCGAGCUGCUCGAAAGAAACAGCAUCGGCUGAGACAAGCAAGAAGGCACGCGGCUCUGAAGUGGUUUUGACGGAUGCUGUAUGUGGGUUGAAUCUCGCGCUUAUCAAACUCCAUGAUAUACCGUUGGAUGCAGUUACUCAGUCGAUUCGAUCCGUCUUGCCUAACUCCGAUAUACUUUCCAUAAUCCACCAUCUCCGCCAUUCACUCGCAACGGGUGGGUACACAUCUCCCUUCACAGAAGACCCGCCACCCUCCUUCGCCAGCCCUAAGAUACCCCUGCUCUCGCUCUCUAUAAUUGUGGAUUUCCUGAAUGCCUGUAUUGAUGCGAUUGGACCCAGUGGCUGGAUUUCAGCUGCUGGUUUUUCCGGAGAAGAAAGUGGUGCAUCUCUGAUAGCGGACAUGAAGUCAGAAAUAUCCGCUGCACUCGCCGGUGUCGAGGAAGCAACACAUCUCAAAGGCACUCUACGGGAAUACAUUCGCUGCUGCAUGACGGCAAAAGAUGAGCCCCUUUUUAAGAACAAUAAAAGCACCAAACAAGGCAGCCAAGGAGAACAAUCGUCUGAUACAUCAAGGCCACGUGUCAAACGCAGAGAACGUGUCAAUGGCGCCGAGAUUUUGGUAUACGAUGAUAUUGCAGACCCGUCUAGACUUCCACAUACCGAUACGAAAAUGCUGCCACUCUCCCUAAAAAUGACAACAAACGGCCAGGGUGGUGAAGCUGGCGAAGUUUCGGGCAAAACGAAGGUACUCAAAUCGACGGGAGAGGUGAGAAAUCGUAGUAAACGUGAAUUAGGCCUUUUGAAAAGCAAAUCUGUUGGGCAGUAUUCGUUUGAGCGAAUUAUUGUAUGA